ACCACGCUAUAGACCUCCUGCAGUUAAGUUUGGACGCAACCUGCUGGACAUACAGUAAAAAAAGAAGACGUGGAAAGACUACAAACUAAAAAAAUCUAUUCCACUGGAUGUGGACUUACAUUAUCCCAACUGACAACUGGAAAGCACAUGACAGACUGAAGAGGCAGAUGUGAGUCACCAGAUCCAUCAGUCAGGGACAGCCCCCGAGCUCUCUGAAGUCUGUCCCACCGUUCAUGCCAGCGGUGUGGGUGCCUCAGACCAGCUGGCCCCUGGUGAAGGGAUCCCUGUCUCUUCAGCCAGCCCCACUGUCCAGUGUGGAGACCCAAGGCCAUGUUCUCCUCUAACUUCCUGAGCGGGGGCAACCCUCUCAGUGCCGUUUCCUCGGCCGUCAACAAGUUCAGUCUGUUCGGGGAGGAUGGAGAUCCUGAGCAGAACAAACAAAAACAGCAGCAGCAGGCCAACCCUCAGCAAAAGCCCCCAAUCCAGCAGGGGAAUGGCCAGCCUGCAUCACAGAUAAAGGGUGGCCCAAAACCAGGGGGGCAGCUACCCCAGGGCUCGCCCAAGACUGGACCCCAGUCACAGCAGGGGCCCAGUAGGGGAGGACCUCAGCAGCAGUCAGCCUCCGGGAAGCCUGGGACUCAACAGCAGCCAGGAGGCCCGGGGCCUGGGGCUCGUGCCCCAGGGGCAGCCCAGGGAGGACCCUCAUCGCAGGGGCCUGCCAAAACUGCAGCCCAGGGAGGACCCCCAUCACAGGGACCUGCCAAGGCUGCAGCCCAGGGAGGACCCCCAUCACAGGGAGCUGCCAAAGCUGCAGCCCAGGCUAAAAGUGGGCCCGGGCCAGGGGGUAAAUCACUGUGCCCCAUAUGCAAGAACACGGAACUUAAUGUCCAAUCCAAGGAGCCUCCAAACUAUAAAAACUGUACACAGUGCAAGAGCCAGGUCUGCAGCCUGUGUGGAUUCAGUCCCCCCGACUCAGCGGGGAAGGAGUGGCUCUGCCUGAACUGCCAGAUGCAGAGAGCUCUUGGAGGUGCUGAGCCUCCAGGUCCUCCUAUGAAGAAAGCCCAGCCCCAGGCCAACAAACCCCCAACAGCCUCACAUCCACCAUCGGCUGCCCCACAAAAGACAGAUAUUCCAGGAUCUCCUGAGAGAAAACAGGCCACGGUGAAUGCUGCCCCGCCCAAGCAAACCCAGGAAUCUGCAAAACCUCAACAACAGAUGCCAAAGGGUGGACCCUCCCCUGCCAAAUCUGCACCACUACAACAGCAGCCACAACCACCAAAGCAGGAGUCUGGCUUGUUUGGCUUUGGCUUUGGUGGUCUGACUGACACUGCUAGGUCCAGAUCCCCCUCACCUCAGCCUGCUGGGAAGGUUAUGGGCUUUGGCUCUUCCUUCUUCAGUUCAGCAUCAAAUCUGAUCACCUCUGCUGUUCAGGAUGAGACAUCUCCUACACCACCCACAGCCCGUAAGGAGUCUGUGUCAGCUCAGGCUCCUGCAAAGGCUCUAUCAGCUGCGGGGACUAAAGCCCCUGCACAGAAACCAGAAGCAAAGAAAGCAGAGCCUCCACAGCAGCCCAAGGCUACAACAACUCCAGGCAAAAAGGAUGUACCCCCAUCGGGACCUCAGAAAAAGGAAGGACCCUCGCAGCCUCCCUCCAAAGCAGCUCCAUCCUCCUGUCCUCUGUGCAAGGUGCAGCUCAAUAAGGGCUCCAAGGAUCCUCCUAACUACAACACCUGCACUGAAUGCAAAAGCACUGUAUGCAACCAGUGUGGAUUCAAUCCCAUGCCACAUGUGAAAGAGGUCAAGGAGUGGCUAUGUUUAAACUGCCAAAUGAAACGGGCACUUGGAGGAGAUGAUCCUCCUGGACCUAUGAUGAAACCUACACCACAGUCUAAAAAACCCUCCCCAGCAUCCCAACCCUUUAACAAAGCAGUUCCUCCCCCUGUCUCACCUCAGAAGACACAGGGAUCACCACCUGUGACUGGAAAAGAUGUGAAUAAACUUGCCCAAACUAGCCAGUCUGCUCCAUCUACCAAACAGCACCCGCAACAAAAGCCCCCUCAGCAGGUCAUUGACAAAACACAGACAACUAAAAAUCAAGCCUCCCCUGCCAAAUCUGCUCCUUCUACACAAUCUGAGCCUCCAAAAGAAGAGACUAGCUACUUUGGCUUAGGCUUUGGUGGGGUGAAAGACACAUCCAGAUCCCGUUCUCCCUCACCACAGCCCACAGGACCUAUCACUGGCAAGGUUUUCGGCUUUGGCUCUUCAAUCUUCAGUCAAGCGUCUAAUUUGAUUUCAUCUGCAGUACAAGAUGAGGGCCCCACAAAAUCCCCAGCUGUUCAGAAAGAUUCUUCAUCAGCCCAGGCCUCACCCAAAAUAUCAACUGGUGACAGCAAGGCAUUGCCUACAAAGAAAGAGGAUGACAAGAAAUCAGAGGUUGCAAAACAAGAGCAAAAGUCAUUUGAUCAAAAGAAAAUAGAGGCAAAGCCAGCCAGUCAACAGUCAGAUGAUCUUUUGAAAGAUAAAGAGAAUAUGACAAAAGGGAAACAACUAUUAGGUGAAUCAUCAAAAGUCACUACAGAAAGAAAGGCUACUUCUACCCCUGGUUCUCUUCAGAAGAAGCUGCUUUCAUCAGAACAGCCAGCCAAGGAAGAAGCUAAGCCUGUUCCAUCACCUGCCAAAAAGGUCAUCCAAGAGGAUAAAAAGCCUGAAAGUCAGAAACCAUUAAGCCAGGUCAGUGCUAAUGGGAUGAGACUAAGUAAUACAAACUCAACAGUCCAACAGUCUCCACAGCAAAAUGCCUCUCAGCCACAGAGUGCUGGCCCACCUCAGCAGCAGCAAAUACCAAGCUCUGCUGGUUUGCCUGUCAAAGGCACACCUCAAACACAGACUGAACCACAGAAGCAGGAUUCAGGAUUGUUUGGCUUUAGGUUUGGUGGGGCUAAAGAUAGAUCUAGAUCUCAGUCACCAUCAUCUCACCCAGAAGGCUCUGUCUCUAACAAAGUUUUAGGGUUUGGAUCAUCUAUUUUCACUUCAGCAUCUAGCUUUAUCAGCUCUGCUGUGCAAGAUGAAUCAACAAACGAACAAGCUAGUGCUAGCAAAGACUCUACACCUAGCCUAUCAAAUCAAAUUAAAUUAGAAGACAGUAAACAAAUAGAUGAAAAUCCUGAGAAUAAGAAGCCUAUAGAAACAAAGCCUGUUUCUAUGUCAGCCACUAAACCUACUGCUCCAUUAAAGGCUGGAAACAAGGAAAAAACUCUUGCCACACCUGAACCCAAAGAUACUGUAGCUGAUAGUUCCCCACCCUCAACACAACCAGGUAGUGUAGAGGGAAGUAAACUGUCUUCUAGCACUAAAGCUGGACCAGCUCAAAAGACAACACCAUCUGAUCAGAAACAUGCUGAUGAUAAGAAAGUAGAUGAAAAGCUAGGUUCAGCACCACCCAAACAAUCUAUUGCCUCACCUCCCAUGAAACAUCCCUCUCCCCAGGAAGUCUCUCAAAAACCUCAACAACCAACACCCUCAAACACAGCUUCACUUAAGAAAUCUGUCCCACCAUCAUCUGAUCCUCCUAAACAGGAUUCUGGAUUGUUUGGGUUUAGCAGCCCAUCUAGAUCCCAGUCACCUUCAUCUCAAACACAAGCGUCAGUUUCUGGGAAGGUUUUAGGGUUUGGUUCAUCUCUUUUCAGCUCAGCAUCCAACUUAAUCACCUCAGCUGUAGAGGAGAACUCAAACAAACAACCCACUGGAACAAAAGAUUCUGUGCCCUCAGUUUCCUCUCCCAAAAUUCAAAGUGACACCAAACCCCUGCUUAAAUCAACAUCAGAUGAUAAGAAGGUUGAGCAACCAAUGUCUACAGGAAACAAGCAAGAAGAAAAGAAACCAGAGGUUAAGAAACUGAAUGUAGACUCCCAGGCCACACCACCAUUAGUUUCAGUAAACACAUCUUCCAAACCACAAGUGCAAACACAACCACAACAGAAAGAAACAGCAUUAUCCUCUUCACAAAGCAAACAGGCCACACCAUCUGUGCAGACAAUGAAAAUUGAAACUGCUAAUAUUGUUCCAAGUUCAAGUGAAGAUAGCAAAGUUCAAGAGCCAGUUAAAUUAGCUAAAUCUCCUAGUCAGACACUGCCAAAACACCAAAUCUUACCACAAAAACCCAGUCAACAGUCUCCUGCCAAAACUGCAUCACAACCCAAAUCUGAAACACCAAAACAAGAGUCUGGAUUUUUGGGAUUUGGUUUUGGUAAAGACAAACAGCCUGCGUCAACUCAGUCCACAGAAUCUGUAUCUGGGAAGGUUUUUGGAUUUGGAUCCUCCAUCUUCAGUUCGGCAUCAAACUUUGUGACAUCAGCUGUCCAGGGUGAAUCCACUGCCACAGCACCUAGCUUGCAGAAAGAUACUGUAUUACAAGCCUCUCCCAAGAAAUCAGAGCCAGAACCCAAACCAACUACUGUACGAAAAGAAGAAAAGUCAUCAGUGAAACAACAGAGCAAGGCAUCAACUUCUACACCUACAACAAAAGUGCCUGACAUGCAGGAACAAGUGGAACUGAAAUUACUAGACAAUAAACAGGAAGAUAGAAAGGCCAUUAUUAAGAAACAAGAAAUCAAGACAGAGAGUGAUAGACAAAAACAAGACAAUACCAAAGUAGAAGGCAUCAAACAACAACCCUCGGGUAUAACACCAACUACUAAACAAAUCAAAGACCUUCCAAAAACAGCUCCUGAAAAUAAAGAUUCUUUAACAACUGGUUCCCCACAAAGAAAGGAGAUUGCCCCAUCAGCACAGCCAAGCAAACCAGUUACAAUUCAAAAAGCACAGCCAGGCAACGAUAAACCUGAGGAUAAAAAAUCUCAAGAUCCAAACUUCAAAUCUGGAAUAAUUUCCACAAUGAUUCCUGAGCAUGAAUCAAUAAAAAAUGAGGUUUCUGGAAAAUCAAAUGUGAACACAACCCAACCCAAGCAGGUUCCCCCAGAGCCAAAACGUUCACAACAACCUCCUCCCCAACCUCAUGUGCAGGCUGCAAAGUCACAGCAGCCAGUGCCAAAAAUGGUUGUCCCAUCUACAAAACCAGUGUCCUCUGCACAGUCUGAACCUCAAAAGCAAGAAUCCAGUUUCUUUGGUUUUGGAUUUGGAGGACUGAAAGAUACAUCAAGGUCUCGUUCACCUUCACCUCAACCAGCAGGAUCUGUUUCAGGAAAAGUACUAGGAUUUGGCUCUUCAAUGUUUAGUUCUGCAUCUAAUUUUAUAUCCUCUGCAGUCCAAGAUGAACCAUCCUCUGUGGAAAAGGGAGCUGUUCCACCAACAUCUCAGCAGAAAGGAGCUAUUCAACUUCCACCUGGACAAAAGGGAGUUGCUCCACCACCAUCAGAACAAAAAGGAGCUGUUUUACCACUACCUGGGCAAAAGGGGGCUGUUCCAACACAAGCCCCUCCAGCAGAAAAAACAGUAGAGAAAGCAGGUGAUGUAAAAACAGAUGCUGAGAAAGUAAAAAACCCUGAUAAUAUUGGAUUAUCUGUUAAGAAGCCAGUGGAAGCAACAGUUAAGAAUCAAAAAGAAGCUUUGGAAAAGACAGAUGAGAAGCAAAAAGGACCACAGGAACAAAAAACGAACAUUCUUACUCGGGAAGACAAGAGACCACAAGAAAAAGCAUCUCAGGAACAAAAAUCAGUGGCCAUAGAAAAGAAGACACAUAAACCAGAGGAGGAUAUUGUGGAAGAAAAGGAGGACAAAAAGACAACAGAGGACAAAAAAGCAUCUGGUGUGUCUUUCAUCAUGACAAAAACAGACAAGGAGCCUCAGGCUAAAACAUCAUUAACUCCAUUAAAUAAAGAGUCUACACCAUUACAAUCUGUAAAGGAAUAUGUUCCUUCAUCUGCUUCUCUUGAAAAGAAGGAACCAGUCCACAUAACACCACAAUCAACCAAGAAAGAGUCUGAACAAACUACCACUCAAGGUAAAACCAUUGCAACAGGUGUCAGACAACCCCCACCAAAAAUGCCUGACCCACAAAAGAUUCUUGACAAACAUCAACAGAAAACACCCAGCAGUAGUGACUCACCAGUCAAAGCUAAACCACAAGCAGAGGCCAAAACUCCAAAACAGGAGUCCAGCUUUUUUGGGUUUGGGUUUGGUGCGGCUAAAGAUGCAUUAAAAUCACAGUCAGCCUCUGCAGGCGUUGUUUCCGGCAAAGUUCUUGGCUUUGGCUCCUCCAUGUUCAGCUCAGCAUCCAAUUUAAUCACAUCAUCUACACAGGAAGAGCCUUUAGAAAAACAGCCUGUGGUGCAGAGAGGCCCUGCACAAUCACAAGUCUCACCCAAAACUCCUAUCAUAGAGACAAAAAGACCUGCUGUUGAGACAGCAGUUGACAAAACAUCUGAAAAGGUUGUGUGUAAGAAGGGAGUGGAGGGGAAGAAACCAGAGAAAAGUGGUGAUGAGCCACGGCAAGAGGAGAAAACAGUGGAAAAGAAAUUAGAUGAAAGAAAAGUAGAUAAAAAACUGGAUGAGACAAAACAGGAGAAAGCAGACAACAAUGAAGCUGUGGCUGUGACAGAAAACAGAGAGAAGAGAAAGCAAGAUGAAAAGAAAGAAGAUAAAAUAAAGUCUGAGGAAAUUAAACCUGAAGCAAAUAAAGACAUCCAGACAACAGGGAAAGAUAAUAAAUUAGAGAGGAAGAGUACUGAGAAAUCUGAGGAAAAGAAAACUGAUAAGAACAAUUCAGAAGUUACUAAACUAGAGGUUCAGAAGUUAGUAGAGGCCAAGAAACACAUAGAAAAUUCUAUUGAAGACAAUAGGCAAGUCAGUCAAACAGAUAGAGUGAAUCCAGUAGAUAAAACGUCAGAUAAUGCUAAACUGAAGGAUAUAGAAACUCCCACUGUUGCCAAAAAGCCCUCAACAACAUCACCACAGCCAUCACCUCAGAAAAAUCCUUCUUCUACAGAUGACACAGAAAAGGCAAAACCACUUCCUGGAUCAGUGCAAACUACUAUGAAGUCAGAUUCUUCAAAACCUGUCCCUAGCACUAAAGAAGGCAGUCCUCAGAAACCUACUGAAGUGCCAAAGCCCUCAGAGGCACAGAAAACACAGGUACAAAAGAGCACAGCAUUGACUAAAGAGUCUGAUGUUAACCAAACUCAAAAUCCUCCUCCACAAAAAUCUGCCCAACAGCAAGCACCUACUAAACCUCCACAGCAAAUGCCUAAGGGUCCUGCUAAAACCCCACCACAGCCACAGCCCGAACCUCCAAAACAGGAUUCUGGAUUUUUUGGUUUUAGUUUUGGUGGGGCUAAAGACAGAUCUAGAUCUCAGUCUCCCUCAACUCAGCCAGCAGAUGUGAGUGGGAAGGUGUUAGGUUUUGGCUCAUCCAUUUUCAAUUCAGCAUCCAGUUUUAUCUCCUCGGCCGUGAAGGAUGAGCCAACUACUACACCUGCAUCCACUCAAAAAGAACCUGCACCUGAAUCUGCACCAGGUCAGCCUGGUAAACAAACUGUGGGAGACACUAAACCAGUCACUGCACAUAAGAUAGACAGUCUUAGAUCAGAUGAGGAGAAAGAAAAGAAAAGUGGUCCAGAUGAAAUUAAAAAGGGCAGAGGGAAACUGGAUGAUAAAAAAACAGAAGUACAAAAUGUUGCACAAGGGAAGGUAGAACAGAACCUUGACAGAAGCAACCCAGAUCUCAAAGCCUCUGUGGCAAAAAAUACCACUUCAGUCUCACUCCAAAAGAGUGCUGCACUGCCUGCAUCUCCACUGAAAGAGCCAGGAACACCAGCAGAACAAACAGGCAAGGCAGAAUUUGCAAAACCCAUUACCAAGUCAUUAGACCAAAAUAUAUUGCAGGCUAAAACUGAUAGUAAGACAUCCCAAGAUGCUUCCAGCACAGCAGCAACCAAAGCACCCACUGUUUCACCUGAUACGCAACCACAACCACAAAAUCCAAAACAAGUACCAACAAAGCCUCAACCAACACCAGGUGGAACAACAUCCCCUGCCAAAACUGUGCCACAAGCACAGUAUGUGCCCCCUAAGCAGGAAACCAGCUUUUUUGGCUUCGGAUCUGGUGGUAAAGAGGCUCCCAAAACCCCUGCUGCUUCAAAGCUUAAUGAGUCCAUGUCGGGAAUGCUGUUUGGUUUUGGUGGGGCUAAAGACACAUCUAGAUCCAGAUCACCUUCACCACAGGCCACAGAGUCUGUCUCUGGGAAGAUGUUUGGCUUUGGGUCCUCCAUUCUCAGCUCAGCUACAAACUUAAUAUCUUCAGCUGUCCCGGAUGAGGCACUCAAUACUCCUGUGGCCCAAAAGGAGUCUUUGCCAGUCCAGGCCUCUCCUAAGAAAAUGGGAGAGAAACCAUCUGUGAUACAGACGCAAGAGGGAAAACAAACUUUGCAACAGCAGAGUCAGACGUCAUUGGUAGAGACAAAACCAGGUCUUGUGUUAGAGCCCACAUCAUCACCAACUCUGAGCAGAACAACAAAAUCCUCGUGCCCUCUCUGCAAAGUGGAUCUCAACAUGGGCUCCAAGGAAGUACCAAAUUACAACACCUGCACUGAAUGCAAGAGUGUUGUAUGUAACCUCUGUGGAUUCAAUCCAGUGCCACACCUCACAGAAGUACAGGAAUGGCUUUGCUUGAAUUGCCAGACACAGUGGGCUCUUGGAGGUAUGGAACCUCCAGGCCCUCCUAUGAUGAAGCCUCAGGGUAACAAAGUACUGGCACCUUCUCAACCAACUGGCAAGGAUGCACCUGUACCAGACUCUACACAGAAGAUGGCGUUACCUCCAGCAGGGGCCCAAGAGAAAGACAAAAAAGUAGAGAAAUUGCCCGCUGCUGAAAGCAAAGCUCCUACUCAGCAAGGGUCUGGGAAACCUGCACAGCCAGCUGUGAAAGCUGAGGCUUCUCCAGCUAAAUCGCCGGUACCAAUGCCACAGGCUGAGCCACCCAAGCAGGAUUCUGGCUUGUUUGGCUUUGGCUUAGGUGGUCUGACCGACACUUCUAGAUCCAGAUCUCCCUCACCACAACCUGGCGAGUCAGUGUCUGGGAAAGUUAUGGGCUUUGGCUCUUCCUUCUUCAGUUCAGCAUCAAAUCUGAUCACAUCUGCUGUUCAGGAUGAGCCAACUCCUCCCACAGCCCGUAAGGAGUCUGUGUCAGCUCAGGGUCCUGCAAAGGCUCCACCAGCUGCAGAGACUAGACCAGCUGCUGCAGCACAGAAACCGGAGAUGGAGGAGAAGAAACUACAAAAUAAGAAGCCUGAGGAGAAGAGGCCACAGGGUGCCCCUCAGGCUAAGGUGACAACUGAGCCACAGACAAAAGAAUCUCAGCAAAGUUCUGUGGGUUCAUCUUGUCCACUCUGUAAAGUUCCUCUGAAUAUAGGGUCUAAGGAUCCUCCGAAUUUCAACUCUUGCACUCAGUGCAAGGCUACUGUAUGCAAUCUAUGUGGAUUUAAUCCCACACCCCAUCUGACAGAGGCCAAGGAAUGGCUUUGCCUGAACUGCCAGAUGCAACAAGCUCCAGGACCUCCGGUGAUGUCACCGCAGCCACAACCCAAUAAAACCCCAACAGCAUCACAGCCCCAAACUAAAAUGCCAUCCUCUCCUCAGAAGAAAGAAGAAGCCAAACCACCAGAGCCCACCCAGCAGCCCCAACAGCAAAAACCUACCCAAAAAGAAGACCCUGGUAAACAGCAAAUGCCAAAAGGUGCAACAUCUCCAGCCAAAACUGCUCCACAACCAGAGGCUAAACCACCUAAGCAGGAGAGUAGCUUGUUUGGGUUUGGGUUGGGUGGCAUCACAGACACAGUUAGGUCGAGAUCUCCUUCUCCUCAACCUGUGUCUGGGAAGGUUAUGGGCUUUGGCUCUUCCCUGUUCAGUUCAGCAUCAAAUCUGAUCACGUCUGCUGUUCAGGAUGAGCCAUCUCCUACACCACCUACAACCCGUAAAGAGUCUUUGUCAGCCCAGGGUCCUGCAAAGGCUCCACCAGCUGCAGCAGCACAGAAAACAGAAGAGAAGAAGCCUGUGGCACCCCCUCAGGUCACUGCACCGUCAGCUACAGAGACCAAACCACCUGCUGCACAGAAACAAGACAAGAAACCAGAGGACAAGAAGUCAGAGGACAAGAAGCCAGAGGUAGCUGCACAGGCUAAAGCACCAUCAGCUCUAGUUAAAAAGGAGGAACCUCCAGCCAAGGCUCAAGAGACUCAACCUGGUCCAUCAAUGGGAAAAUCAUCCUGCCCACUCUGCAAAGUAGACCUCAACAUUGGCUCCAAGGACCCGCCCAACUAUAACACCUGCACCGAAUGUAAAACUGUUGUGUGCAACCUUUGUGGAUUCAAUCCUAUGCCUCAUCUCACUGAGGUUAAAGAAUGGUUGUGUUUGAACUGCCAAACUCAACGAGCCCUUCGUGGAGUAGAACCUCCAGCUGCACCACAGGAGAAGAGACCACAGGACAAACCAUCAGUAACUGCUACCACUAAAACCCAACAGCCAGACCCAGGGAAACCUCAACAAAAGAUUCCAGAAGGACCUCCUCUUGCUAAGCCCGCACCACUGCAAGAAGCAGAGCAACAAAAGCAAGAGGGUGGCUUAUUUGGAUUUGGAUUUGGAGGAGCAAAAGACAAAGCUCGGUCUCGUUCGCCAUCACCUCAACCUGCAGAAUCUGUCUCAGGGAAGGUCUUUGGGUUUGGCUCCUCCUUCCUCAGCUCAGCCUCAAAUUUGAUCACCUCUGCAGUUCAAGAUGAGACCCCUGUACAGCCCCCCUCCCGAAAGGGCUCCAUACAAGCCCAAUCCCCUUCCCAACCAGCUUCCCGAAAGGGAUCUGUCCAAGCCCAACCGCCAUCCCAACCAGCUUCCAGAAAGGGUUCUAUCCAGGCUCAACCACCAUCCCAGCCCCCCUCCCGUAAGGGCUCUGUCCAAGCCCAACCUCCUGCAACUGAUUCCAAGCCAUCAGCCACAGCUGGUCAGAAGCCUGUGGAAAAGAAACCGGAAGCAAUCAAAACAGAGGAGCCUGCAAAAACCAAGGCACCAUUGACACUGCCUAAAACAGAUCCUGUUCCCAAAGCAGUUCAGUCCUGUCCUCUGUGCAAGGUGGAUCUUAACAUGGGCUCAAAGGAUCCUCCAAACUAUAACACCUGCACAGAAUGCAAGAAUACAGUUUGCAAUCUGUGUGGCUUUAAUCCGAUGCCACAUCUCACAGAGGUCAAGGAUUGGCUUUGCUUGACAUGCCAGAUGCAGAGGGCAACUGCUGGCAUGGAACCACCACAACCACCAAUGAUAAAACCUCCAUCACAGCCUACUAAGGCCCCAGCAAUGCCACUCCAAAAGGAGACACCUGUUACUCCUGCACCACAGCCAGCAGAACCUGCAGCUCCAGGGUCACCUAAAGUCAAGAUUGCUCCUGUUGCAGCUUCUCCCAAAACAGCAGAGGCCCCAGCACCUGCCUCACCCCAAAAAGCCGCUAUACCACCAGCCUCACCUAAAGUCAAACAAGCUCCAACGCCUGGGUCACCAAAAGUUAAGGAAGAACCAGUGCCACCCUCACCGAAAAAGAAAGAAGUUCCAACUCCAUUGUCACCACUAAAGAAAGAUGUGGUGGAAGCAGGAUCUGUGCAAAGACGUCAGUCAAUACCAGGUGUUUCAACACCUCCCCUUAGAAAGGAAGCUAGUGAAAGUGGCUCUCAAAAUAGGAGACAGUCCUCACCAGCUGCAGCAGUAUUACCAGGAUCGCCUCUUGCAGGUUCUCCUAAUAGACAACCAUCAUCUCCAGUUGUUACAUCUCCAGGAUCACCUCUGAGAAAAGCAAGCGUGGAUGCUGGUCAGACGCAGAGGAGGCUGUCAUCUGCUGGAGCAUCUCCAUCUCCAGGCUCACCUAUAAAGAAGGAGACUGUGUCAGAUAGCUCUCCACUUAGAAGACAGUCCUCUCCUGCCACAGGAACACCUCCAGGGUCACCCUCAGCAGGCCCUGAAAGCAGGAGGCAGUCAUCCCCUCUGGUGGCUCCCAGUCCAGUUUCACCAAAGAGCAAGCAGGCUCCAACACCAGGGUCUCCAAAGCUGAAAGAGGCUCCAGCACCAGUUUCAGACAAAAAGAAAGAAGCCCCUGCACCUGGGUCACCAUUGAAUAAGGAUGAAGUGGAUGUAGGUUCUCCAAACAGGAGGCAGUCCUCUCCUGCAGUACCUGCCACUCCAGAUUCAACUGCUGCGAAAGAAAAUGCUGCAACAGCAGCAGCACUUAGAAGACAGUCCUCACCAGCAGUAGCACGAGGACAAGUCCAGAAGCCUGCUUCACCCAAACCAACCGAACAACCAACCUCUACCGAAACCAAGCCAAGUGCCACCCCACCAAAGCAACCAGUAACCCAGCAGACACCUCCACAGAAGGGGCCUGCCACACAGCAGGCACCAAAAAUGGAAAAGCCAGCACAGGCACCUUCAGCUCCCAAACAGGAAUCUGGAUUCUUUAGCUUUGGAUUUGGAGGUAAAGCAACACCAAAAGAUCAGCCUCCAACAUCUCCAAAACCAACAGAGUCUGUGGCUGGGAAAAUGUUUGGCUUGGGUGGUCUCACAGAUACAGCUCGAUCUCGCUCUCCAUCACCACAACCUGCUGAGUCGGUGUCCGGGAAGGUUAUGGGCUUUGGCUCCUCCUUCUUCAGCUCAGCCUCCAAUCUCAUCACCUCUGCUGUUCAGGAUGAGCCAACUCCAACACCACCGGCUACCCGUAAGGAGUCUGUGUCAGCUCAGGCCUCCACUAAACUACCAGUGGGAGCAGAAACAAAGCCACCUGCUGCACCAAGUCAAGAAAAGGAGAAACCAGAAGUAGUUCAAGUGAAGGAACCACCAGCUCCCACUAAGAAGGAUGAAACACCAUCCAAGCCCUCAGAGGUACAAGUUUUACCAGCUGCAGCGAAAACAUCUUGCCCGCUCUGCAAGGUGGACCUUAACAGAGGCUCCAAGGAUCCUCCCAACUACAACUCAUGCACUGAAUGCAAGAAUAUUGUGUGCAACCAGUGUGGUUUUAACCCCAUGCCACAUGUAACUGAGGUUAAGGAGUGGCUCUGCCUGAACUGUCAGAUGCAACGAGCUCUUGGGGGUGUAGAACCACCUGGCCCACCGGUGAAGGCACCUCAGAAGCUGCCAAGCAAAGUUUCUGCUCCACCAUCACCACAGAAAAAGGAGAUCCCUCCCAGUGUGGAGCCUCCUCAAAGUCAGAAACCCACAGUUGUUGAGAAACCACCAGAUCAACUUCCUGCUGUGGCCCCUCAGCAAAAACCAGCUCCACAGCAAGAAGUUGGGAAACCACCACAGCAACCAUCCAAAGGGGCAGCCCCGCCACCUGCCAAGGCAGCUCCUCCUCCACAGACUGAACCUCCUAAACAGGAGUCUGGAUUCUUUGGCGGCUUUGGUUUUGGUGGAGCAAAAGACACCGCCAAAGCUCAGCCUACACCCCCAUCUAAGCCAGCAGAAUCUGCUACAGGAUUCUUUGGCUUUGGGAGUCGCACAGACACCGCUCAAGCUCGAUCUCCUUCACCUCAACCCGCUGAGUCAGUGUCCGGGAAGGUAAUGGGCUUUGGCUCCUCUUUCUUCAGUUCAGCAUCAAAUCUGAUCACGUCUACUGUUCAGGAUGAGACAUCUCCGACACCACCUACUGCCCGCAAGGAAUCUGUAUCAGCCCAGGGUCCUGCAAAGGCUCCACCAGCUGCGGACACUAAACCACCUGCUGCAGCACAGAAACCAGAGGAGAAGAAGCCUGAGGCUCCUCCAAAGGUCACUGCUCCAUCAGCUGCAGUUAAAAAGGAGGAACCUCCAGCAAAGCCCUCUGAAGCUCUAGCCUCCAAACAACCUGCUCCUCCUAAGUCAUCGUGCCCGCUCUGCAAAGUGGAUCUCAAUAUCGGCUCCAAGGAUACUCCCAACUACAACACCUGUACAGAGUGCAAGAACAUGGUGUGCAACCUUUGUGGAUUCAAUCCCAUGCCUCAUCUUGGCCAGAACGAGUGGCUCUGUUUGAACUGUCAGACCCAAAGGGCUCUCGCUGGACAGCUGGGUGACAUGGAAAAGAUGCCAGCACCAAAGCCACAGCCAGCUAAAGCAGAAAAGCAGCAGCCCGCAGCUCCUCCCAAAGUGCAGCCUGCAGUGCCCAAAGAGGCCAUGGUGCCCAUUGCAUCUCCAGCAGCCUCCAAACCUGCACCUCCUAAAGAGGAAGUAGUAUCCACUAAGGCUGGAGACCUUCCUGUUUCACCUGCUCCUGCUGCACCUACAACAUUGCCCACUGCAGCCAUUGUCUCUACCGAAACACCUGCAGUGCCACCUGCCUCAGCUGCUCCACCUGCAGGUUUUGCAGUGCCACCCAAAGAGCAGGCUGAGGCUGUGGCACCACAGAAGAAGGAGGCAGAGAAGACAGUGGCACCUGCCCAGGCAGUCGAACCAGAGAAGGUUCUUGCUGUGCCAGCUCAAACUAACAUUCCCACUGCAGAGCUUAAACAAGCAGUGGCUGUUCCACAGGUUGAACAGGUGCAACCAAGUGGACCCAAAUCUCAGAUUCAACCACAAGAAACCCAAGAUAACAUCAUGAAGGAUGACGUUAAGAUUGUAGUAGAGAGCAGCCCUACCACAGAGGUCCCCAAAUCUGAUGAAGACAAGCUAUAUGUAAAGGAUGUCAAAGACAUACAAGGUAAAGAGCAGGACCUAAGGGGACAGGAUAUUAUGCGGAUCUCACCAGAGUCUUAUAGUUCUGCAGAGGAAGAACUAAGGGCAAUCCAGAAAGCAAGUGAGGUGGCUACAAAGACUGCACCCACUGAGAAGUUGACAACUCAUACACCUGACACUAAAAAGCAAUUAGACUCCAUAGAAGAUAGUAGUGAGAGUGAGCCUUCGCCCCUAUUGCAGAGGAAGAAAGUCAGUUCUGUAUCCUCUAACAGUGAAGACUACAAAGUAGAAAGUCCUGAGUCAAUGGAUGAUGAGGAAUUUAUUCGUAGGCAGCUCAUGGAAAUGGGUGCAGAUGUGGACUUAUCACCAUCUGAAGAAGAUAGCAGUGCAAAGAAAGAAAUCCCUCUAGACACAGCUGAGGCUGCCACAGAGAAGCCAAAACGUGUCUUGAAAAAACUUAGUGUUGAACUUGAUGUCAGUCCAGAUCACAGCCAAUCAUCAGACGAUCUUGAUUCUGACAAAAUCCAUAUUGUCCCCCUUUCUCAAACAGUCAGCAAAGAGGAUAUGGAUGUCUCUAAUGAAGCUGCAAAGCAUACUAAGACCAUUGACACAGCUGCUGCCAUGAUGGAGCACAGGGGUCCUCGGCGCCAAAGCACUGAAGACGCUGAUGCAUCAAUGGAGAGUCUGGUUGAUUCAAUCGAUGACCGGUCUAAAGGUGAUGGGUCAUCUAGCCUCCAUGCUUCUAGCUUUACACCAGGAACAGCAUCACCCACAUCUGUAUCAUCCCUUGAUGAGGACAGUGACAGCAGUCCAAGAAAUAGACGAAAAAGUGGAGAGGGCAAACACAAAAAGGCCAAGCAUCGACAGCAUGGCCAAGGACUUCCCACCAUUGAAGACUCCUCUGAAGAGGAUAUUCUUGGAGAGGGAGACCAGCUCAGAGAUCAGGAAAAACAGACUGACGUUGAUCAGCUACUGAGCAAGAAGGUCCCCAGGAGAGAAAAGAUAAGGAUAAAGGUAAAUAAAGAAGAAUUGCUCAGGACAUCUGGAUCAGAACUCUCACCAAGCAUUGAAUCUGAAGCUGAAGGUGUUUCCCCCAAGGAGACACCUCAAGUAAUAGAAAGAGUGCCCUCCUUGCCAUCUAUCUCUCCCUACAUUCCGUCUGCAGAGACAUUGCCAGAGAAACCUCUGAAGAGUGCAGAUCAAGCUUAUGAAGAAAUGAUGCAGAAAGCUAAAGCUAUGAAGUCCAAAAUGGAUGUCACACCACCUGCUGUUGAGUCUUUGUAUGGUGGGAUGUCAAUUGAAGACUAUGCAUAUGAGUCAUUAGUUGAAGGGCCAUCGCAUACUGAUCAGGAGUCCGAAGCAAGCAUGCUUGCAGUACAAGAGUCGAUGAAAAAACUCAGAACACCUGAGGAAGUGUAUGAGGAAAUGCUGAAAAAUGGAAAAUUAACACCAGAUGAACAGCUGUCCCAGCCAGAGAUAGCUCCAUCCACAGCAGCUGAGACUUGUUAUGUGACAAUUAUAGGUAGUGAUGGAAAGCCACACUUAGAGGUACAGCAAGAAUCAUUGACACCUGGAACAAGCCCUUCACAGACAAGUCCAGUAUCUCCUGUAACAGAUUCACUGUCCUAUGAUUCACCUGAGGUAAUACUUAUUCCCUCAAGUGGAGAAGAGGAAGAGAUAAGAGAAGAAGUGCUGCCACCAGAUUCCACUUCAGUUCGAAGAUCUCUCUAUCCAAUUCCAGAUCUAAAUAUCAUUCAGUGCUCUUCUGGUGAGGAGGAACCUGAGGAAGGUGACAGUAGUAGUUAUGAACCUCAGAUUGCUGCCAGUGCAGAAAGUUCUGAAGCUGAAAUUGAACUUGAGAAGCCAGUGGCAGUGGCUGUGCCAACAUCAGCGGAGGCAUCAGCAGAUACAGAGCCUAUCUCGGUUGUUUGUGAGGUUCCUCAAGCCAGGCCUGGAUCAGUCAUCCCAGUACAAGACACAAUUCUGUCACCAGAGGUAUCACCCUCCUCCUCAUCUCCUGAUUCAAGUUUAUCAAUGACCACUGCAGUCUCGUCCUCACCAUUAUCUGACCAAACUCCAGUAUCUGCUCCUGUUUCUCCUGCUGUUGUUGAAACCCAGGCUCCAGUGAUUAUUCCAAUCCCAGACAUUGUCUCUGAACCAUGUGUCUCAGAUCAGAAAGAGCCCUUACCUGCUGCAACCUCUUUUGCAGUAUCUAAGAAGGAAGUUCCAUCAACUUUUCCACCACAGGUUUCUGCACCAACUCCAACUGUAGCAGCUGCAGUCCCAGCUCCUGUCAAAGUUCCAGUUCCUGCCCCAACUCCAACCAUAGUUUCAAAAGUACCUCCUGCCCCACCUCCCAAGCCAGUAAUAGUUUCCAGCCCAGAUAUAGUGUCUGCUCCAGCUCCAGUUUCAACACCAUCUUCUAUAUCCAAGCCAGCUGUAAAACCUAAGCCAGUUGUGCAGUUACCUCCAGCCCAAGCACCUCCAAGUGCAGUAACAGUGUCAGAUCAGACACGCCCACCUGUAUUACAUCUGACUCAAAGUCAGGCUGCUGUUCUGCCACCAUGUCCAGCCCCACCCCAGGUCACAGCUUCUGCUCAAAAGCCAGCAUCAUCAAUUCAAGCACCAGUCCCAGGUCCUGUCACUGUCCAAAUGCCAAAUCUUGAGUCAUCACCAACCUCAGCUUCAACUGAAGAACCUCUUCCUCACCCACCUUCUGCUCCAGUACCUCAGGUAGCACCUGCCCAAGCAGUUCAAUCAACAGCUGUUACUCCAUCACCAGUUCCUGUGCCAGUCCACAGAGCCGUAACAUCAACUGUGCCCGACCCAACUCAUGUAGUUGUACAGAUGCCAGAUUUGGUUUCUUCCUCAUCUCAAACUGCAGUUCCAACACCAGUCCCUACCACUGCUAUUGCCUCAGCAUCAACAUCAGCCCCAACUGUCCUGCCAGCCAAGGAGCAGAUUCCUGUUUCAGUGUCUGUUGCUGCUUCAGUGGCAACUCCACCAGCACCUGCAUCAGCUGCUGCUACAGCAGUAGUGCCGGAACCAGUCACUGCUCCACCUGCAGCUGUAGCAGUUCCUACUGCCCCUCCUCGCCCUCCUCCUCCCUCUCUGCCUACAACACAACCACCUGCCUCAGUUUUAAUCCAAAUGCCAGCCCACAGCCCAUCUGCAGAGGAAUUAAAUGCAGCUAUCCCAAUAGCUCAAAGACCGUCACAACCCCCUCCACCCCCAUUACCUUCUACUGUCUCACAACCCCAGACCCCCCCAGUGGCUGUGGCUCCAACAGUUAUUCCAGCUGCACUUCCAGCAGCUGCCCCAGUUGUGUCUCCAACUAUAACUACUACAGUAGCCUUUGGAACACACCCACUGCAGUCUGUGGUAGUGGACAUACAAUCAGGAAUCCAAGGUAUGCAACCACAGCAAGAGGCUAGAACAAUUGCACUCUCUCCCACAUCUGCAUCUCCACAGAUUUUGCCCACUGUCCAGGCUAGACAAGGGCAUGUGGUCAUCAUUGUGCCUCGUGGUGCUUCAUUUGAGAACAUAUCAGUGAUCAAUCAGUCUGCACAGGAGAUUGUGGCAAAUUCAAUUUCAUUAGCAGCUGCUGGCCCUGGUGAGGAAGUCACUGCUCAGAUACCUACCACUUGUAUUCCAUCUGCUCCAGCUCAGCCAUCUGCUCAAGCUCCAGUCACUACUGCUGUGCUGUCCACACCCUCAACAUCAGUACAAGUGUCUGCUCCACCAGUAGCUCCCAAGCCAUUGAACACAGUGAAUACUGUCUCUCAGGGCAAAGAAGGGGUUUCAGAGCCACCACUGACUCCUUCAGUACAACCUGUCUCAGCAGCAGCAUGGAUCAAGGCACCGCCUGCUUCUGUCAUAGUUGAUACUCCAUCAGAACCCCCUGUAGUGAAACAAACAGUCACUCCUACUCCUAAACCCAUUGUACCACCCCCAGUUCCUCCCAAGCCAACCUGCAUUCCAGCAGGGUUAAAGUUCACUCACAGGCCAGGGGAAAUUGUCCGCCCUCCACUGUCUCCUCAGCCUGUUCCUGUUCAAAGGGUUCUGCCUGAUCUACCUAAAGCUGCCACAUUACCAAGAACCAGAGAACCACCUAAUGCACUGUCAUUUAGUCUGACAACCCCUGUCCAGUCUAAGUUCAGUGCAACGUCUCCUAAGUCUCCUUUGUCACCCAGGUUUGCAAGAUGCCUGGAGACUUAUGUGGUGAUAACUUUGCCAUCGGAGCCAGGAUCACCUGUUGAAGGGAUAACCACUCAGGCCCCAUUGCGGCGCGGAUCUCUUCCAUUCUCAAGUCUAACAGGGUCAGUUUCAGCAGCACCACUGCCAAAACCAAAACCACAGCAGGUCCCCUUCCCUCCUGCACCAGUGCCCCAAACAGAACAGAUUAUGGCUACAUCCAUAGAUGUACAAGUACCAAAACGUGAGGUAAUGGUUGUAUCAGCUCCACCUCCACCACCAAGACCUGUAGACACAGUUGUGGCAGUACCGCCUCCACCAGUGGCAGUACAAAUGGAAUCAGUGGCAGGAAUAGCUACAACACAACAAGCAGACCCAAGAGUGUGCAUAAUAGCCACACCAACACAAGCAGAACUAACACACAUAUUUGUACCUGCUGAACCAGUAACCAUAGAAAUGGAGCAGUUGGUGGCAGCUCCACCUGCAUCACAGCCCCAACCUGAAGAAGCUGUUCCACUUUUGGCAGAUAUGGCUGCUCAGCCUCAACCAAUGCCCUCUUUGGCAUCGGAGCCUGCAAUACCACCACCAGUACCGAUGGUACCUGUGGCUGCUCAAUCUCAGUUGCAACCAACUGAAAUUGCUUCUGAUACAAUACUGAGGCAACAACCACAACAAACAGCUGCAUUUGUUACUACCCAGGCCAUAUUGCAGGAACAGCCUGUGGCCUCUGUGCCUGUGGAAGCUACAUCCAUCCCACAGCAAAAUCAACCUCUGGCUGCUCCACUUGUAGCACAACAAAUGAUGCCUGUGGGUGUUCAGCCUGUAUCACCACAACCAGUUCCCCCUGUGUUUGCUCAGACUAUAUCACCACAGCCAGUCCCACCUGUAUUAACACAGCCAGUUCCACCUGCAGCUAUUCAGUCCAUCUCACCACAGCCAGUUUUACCUGUAGCUGUUCAACCUAUAUCACCACAACCAGUUUCACCUGUGGUUGUGCAGACUAUAUCACCACAGCCAGUUCCACAUGCAGUUAUUCAGCCUAUAUCACCACAACCAGUUGUACCUGUGGCUGUUCAACCGAUAUCACCACAACCAGUUGUACCUGUGGCUGUUCAGCCGAUAUCACCACAACCAGUUGUACCGGUGGCUGUUCAACCGAUAUCACAACAGCCAGUUGUACCUGUGGCUGUUCAGCCUGUAGCAGAAAAACAAAUCAUGUAUGUGGCUGUCGAGCCCGUAUCAUAUCAACAACCAAUGUCAGCUCUUCAGUCUGUGCCACCACAACCAGUAGACACUAUCCCAGCUCAGCUUAUAUCACAACAACAUGCAGUAGCAACUUUAGUUGCUCAACCCAUAACACAAGAGCUGAUGGGACAUGUCGCUGCUCAGCCAAUGGUACAGCAACAACCAACUGAACCUGUGGCCAUUCCACCUUUUACUCAAGAACAAUUGAUCACAUUUGUUGAUGGUCAACCUGUAUUGCAGCAACAACAACCUGAAACACUUCUACCAAUGCAACAAAGACCUCUACACACAGCUACAGUUCUUCCCCCAUCACAACAAGAGCAACCAAAUGCCUACCCAGCCCAAGUUCCAUUCCAAUAUGCAACCAUGGGACAGAGUGAAACUGUUCCUCCUGGUGCAUUUCAUCAAUUUGCACCACCAGCAGAAGAUCAAGAGCCACUCAUGCCAGAACCACCUACUGCUCCUGUGGCACCAGUUACAUAUACUCAAUUCACACAAUCAAUAGCAAGUGAAGAAAUAAUAGGGCCAGAAAAAGUUGUUUCAAGUGUAAGUCAAGUGUACUCUGCAAUUUCAACUACAGAGCAGCAGCCUGAAACAAUGCCCAAGGUAGUGACUCAAGUUGUUACAACUGAAGUGCAGAGAACAACUAUGGUUUCAGUUGUACAAGAAAUAAUGCCUGAAGAACCUGCCCCAGUAUCACCCAGUGCUAGUGUUGUUAUGGAACCAGAGACCUCUCCCAUCAAAGUCCAAUCAAAGCCAAAACAGAAUGGAAGGAUUCACUACCCAGGAGAUGUCAUUGAUCUUUGCACUUCAAAAGUCAGUGUCACCAUGACUGACAAAGGCAUGGACUUGACAGCUCCUGAAUCCAGCCGGCAGUCUUUCUCAAGUGAUUCCAGUGGGCGGCAUUCAACAGCUGUUCAGCCAGAGGUGGUAAAUCUGAGUGCAGAGAUUACACCAGCUACAACGCUCUCUGUUGUAACGGAUAGCAUCACAAUAGUCACUUGCUCCGCCACCAUUGCUUCGUAUAACAACACUACUGAAAAACCACUGGAUUUGGGCAAUGCUACCUCUAUGCCUCUUCCACUCACAACCUACACACCAUGCAAACCUGUUGCACAGAUAGUAUAUAGACCAGUAAAUUCCCAGCCUAAAGUCACAACAAACAUGGAAAUUCCUGUUAAUCUAUCCUAUGGGACUGUAGAGAGCAUGUCAAGUGCAACCACACCUGUAACAAUUGCACCUGGGGGCAUAAUGAGUGACUCUACUGGUGUUCCACCCCUUAUUCCAGCUCACACAGAGGCAUACGCUUCAGCCGUUGAUCUUACCACAUCCAAGCCUGUUAUGGUAGCUCUGACCACCUCUUCAGGUGUGGUGACCACAAUAGUGGAGGAUGAUGGGACCCCUGUGGAUCUCACAGCAGGCCGAAGGGCUAUCUGCUGUGAUGUCAUCUACAAACUUCCUUUCACAGGGAGUUGCAGAACACAGCAACCCGCCACCACAAUGCCUGACAAUCGGUUUGGCUACAGAGAUGAUCAUUACCAGUAUGGCACUGCUACAACCCUUGGCAUCACAGACCUUAGUAACAUGAAAAGCUCAGUUUCAGAUAACAAUUUCUCUGAGGCUGGACUCUUCUACCACGAAGGUAAAAAUGGAUUAGGUUACCACAAUGGAGCUUCAGACGGUGCCAUAGACUUGACUUCUGCAAAAAUGUCUACUGCAGAUGAAGCUUUGGACUACUCAAGCAAAGGCACCAGAGCGAUUACCAUCAUCACCACUGCACAUCAGAGUGUGCUAAGGUCAACAAAUGGAAUUGUUUAUUCAUCUAUUGCUGAGCCCAUUCCAUCCACUUAUGCAAUAACCACUCAGCCAGGGUCAAUAUUCACUUCAACAUACAAUGAUUUGGCCGAAUUACAACCAAGUAGCACUAUAGAGGCAUUCUCAACUUUACAAAAUGUCCCUACCCCUUAUGGGUUCAUACCAGUAACAGCUGCUGGUCAGAUCAUUUCACAUGAGACUGGACUUUCCAAAGAGAUUUUGCCUGCAGUCCUUGCCAACCUUUUCCCAGGUAUGGCACCAUACCCUGAAAUAUAUUCUGAUGCAACCCUUGAAGCCAUAGCAGCCUCACUGGACACUUUGCUCUCCCCGAACUUCCCUGGUUUUGAUGAUGGCAAGGAUCAACAGUAUUAUGCUGAGCGUGAGUUCCUUGAGUUGGAGAAGUUGAAGCAGUUAUGCCUUGCUGAAGAGCUUGAGUGGGAAAGGCAAGAAAUCCAGAGGUUCCGGGAGCAGGAGCAGAUGAUUGUCCAGAAGGAGAUUGAAGAGUUGCAGAACAUGAAGCAUCAGUUGCUGUUACAGCAGGAAGAGGAGCGUCAAGCCCACUUGAUCCUGCAACAGGAGACUUUCGCCCAGCAGCAAGUGCAGCUUGAGCAGAUCCAACAACUUCAGCAGCAGCUGCAACAACAACUGGAUGAACAGAAAAUAUACCCAUAUGGCCGAGACACACUGGAAGGCAGGUCCCCUCCAAUCAAUACAGACACACGUUUCCUGCACCAGCAAUAUAUUGGCAGAGGUGAUGGCCAGUAUUGGCCUGUUAAGGAUGACACUUCAACGCCCUCCUUAGUACCUGGUCAGGACCAACAGAUCUUGGGCACUGCUCCCACUGAAGGCAUUCCUGAAUCAGCAAGAGUUAUUAAAGAUGCUAAAACCGACUCCGCACUUGCAGUGAGUGGCAAGAAGAUUGUUGACAGUGGUGUGCAGACUGAUGAUGAAGAUUGUAAUGAAAAGCCAUAUCCUGGCAGGAGAAGAAGGAAUAGGAGAAGUGUGGACAGUUGCGUUCAGACUGACGAUGAAGACCAGGAUGAAUGGGACACUCCCAUCAGAAGCAGGCGGAAGUCUCGAUCGAGUAAAUAUGGAGAUUCUGAGAAAUGCAAGUCUUCUAAGGUCUCUAGCAUUGCCAUACAGACAGUAGCUGAGAUAUCAGUUCAGACAGAUCAUUCUGGAACCAUUAGGCGUUCACCUGUGCGAGCACACCUCGACACCAAGAUUGAUUUCCCUGGGACUGGAAGACAGCUCAGAGGAGAAGAGUCUGACUCUGAUGAAUCAUCAUCGCACACGGGUCCCAUAGAGAUUGGUAUAACCACCCAUCUCAAAGCAGAUGGCACUGGCUCCACUCCAAAGUCCCCAAAAGUUCUGUAUUCUCCCGUCUCACCUAUGUCUCCAAAUAAGUCCAUAGAGUAUAGCAAGUCAGGCAAAGGUGGACAGAAGAUGCUCACUGUUGAACAUUCAAGGCACUCCCCAGGCAGUCCUAGAUCACUAAAGCCUUCACAAAGAUCCCUGUCUGACAAGUCUCUAAGCCCAACUACUGAAGACAGAAUGACAUCCACCUACCAUUACUCUGAGAACUAUGCGAGCAAAGGUUCACAGAGUGGCACACCUUAUGGUUCUCAGAAAAAAGUCAAGCGUACCCUGCCACACCCUCCACCAGAGGAAGAUAACAUUGUUGGACCAUCUGGGUAUAGCACUGGCUCAGCUCGAAGAAGGAUGUGUAGGAAUACCACUAUGGCUCGUGCCAAAAUCCUGCAGGACAUCGACAAGGAGCUUGACCUGGUGGAGAGGGAAUCCUCCAAGCUCCGCAAGAAACAGGCAGAACUUGAUGAGGAAGAGAAAGAAAUUGAUGCCAAAUUGAGGUACCUAGAGAUGGGCAUCAAUCGUAGGAAAGAUGCUUUGUUAAAAGAGAGGGAGAAGAGAGAAAGGGCUUAUUUGCAAGGGGUGGCAGAGGAAAGAGACUACAUGUCAGAUAGCGAGGUCAGCAAUAUCAGGGAGGCGAGGCGUAAUGGCCGGGGGCUUGAAAGACCACGAACUGCUCCACAAUCCGAAUUCAACCAGUUCAUCCCAGCACAGACUGACAACGAGUCCCAAUAUGGAGAAUACUAUCAGUAUGCCCCUCAGACCCAAGCAGACAGCCAUUACCCCCAGCAAACGCUGUACCAGCAGCAGUCUGUCUACCAUCAGCAGGUGUCCCCCUAUCAGACCCAGUCUGUGUACUCCUCAGUGCCGAGCCUUCAGCAGUCCCAGCAGACAGGCUACCAACAUGCCUCUCAGCUGAUGAUGAUGCAGCAAAAGCCAAGGCAGUCCGCCAUUUCAGAACUAGAGCCGAAGAUCACCACCAACUAUGAGGUGAUUCACAACCAGCCACUCCUGAUGGUCCCCUCCUCCACUGAAAGCACAUAUGGCGUUUCUCAGCUUGGGGGGAAGUACAGCAACCUAGACCUUAGGAUGGCCUUGGAGGAGAGGGGCAGCAUGGCCAGCAGCCCAAUGUCCAGUAUCUCAGCUGAGUCCUUCUACACAGACAUUGACCACCACAAUGCUAGGAACUAUGUUUUGAUUGAUGACAUUGGUGAGCUCACAAAGGGCUCUUCUGGACUCAGUUCCAGCUUCACCAUCCCAGAUAAAGACAUGACUAAGGCUGACCGCCUGCUCCGUGCAGCAGAGGUGCGGCGCACAGCAGAAGUGGCUGACUUCCUGGGCUCCGGGAGGCUCUCCUAUGGAAAGACUGAGGAGGACUCAAUGGAGGAGCCAUAUGAACUUAAACUUCUGAAGCAACAGAUUAAGCAAGAGUUCCGGCGGGGUACAGAGGGUCUGGAUCCCCUCACUGGCUUGCCACAUUACUUGCCAAGUGACAGCAGCUACAGACACUUCCCUAAGUCAGAGAAAUACAGCAUCAGCAGGCUCACCUUGGAGAAGCAGGCUGCUAAACAGCUCCCUGCCUCUGUCCUGUACCAGAAGCAGUUAAAGCAGAAAAAAGCAGCGCUAAUGGACCCAAAAAUUACAAAGUUUUCCCCCAUUCAGGAAAGCAGGGAUCUUGAACCAGACUACAGUCAUUUUUUAGCAUCAACCGGGUCCUCGGUGGGUGGGCUGGCCACCAGGGCUCGGCUUCUUCAAGACGAAAUUACCUUUGGGUUGAGGAAGAACGUAUCAGAGCAACAGAAAUAUCUGGGCUCUACUUUAGGCGCUAACCUGGCGCAGUCUUUAAACUUGGGACAGUCUCUCAACCUCAGCCCAGGGUUGAGAUCAUCAUUACAAGACGACGGCACCUACCCUAGUGGUACUCGCUCUAGACCUUCGUCCCGGCCAUCCUCUGUGUACGGACUUGACCUUUCCAUAAAAAGAGACCUGUCCAGUUCCUCACUUAGGUUAAAGAGUGAAGGUGAGGGUAUGGACACAUCAUUUGGUUCAGCCAGAGCCAAACCAACCAGCCUUCCCAUCAGCCAGAGCAGAGGACGCAUCCCAAUAGUGGCCCAGAACUCUGAGGAAGAGAGCCCAUUAAGUCCAGUCGGUCAGCCCAUGGGUAUGGCUCGAGCAUCAGCCGGCCCACUCCCCCCAAUUUCGGCUGACUCUCGGGACCAGUUUGGCUCAAGCCACUCCCUCCCUGAGGUCCAGCAGCAUAUGCGGGAGGAGUCCAGGACCCGCGGGUACGACCGCGACAUAGCCUUCAUCAUGGAUGACCUGCAGGGUGCCAUGUCUGACAGUGAAGCACUAAGUGACCCCCUGCUGAUAUUGAGCAGAGAUGAUCCCACACUCUUUCAUGAGUAUCUUUCGAGUAUCACACACGGAGUUCCUAGCUGGAAUAUAGAAGCUUACCACCUAAGGCAAGAGGAGAGCGACUGGUUUGAUAAACCACGCAUUGGACGUCCUGGCCAAAAUAAUGGUCAACAGCUGGAUAGUAGACAGAUGAAAUCAAUGCAUUACCCAUUUCCCCACACUCGUCUAAAACUUCAGAGGGACCCUAAAGAUAACAGUGUGUCGGGAAAUGGAUUGGGAAUUCGAGUGGUUGGUGGCAAGGAGAUCCCUGGGGCGAACGGGGAUAUCGGUGCAUAUAUUGCCAAAGUCACCCCUGGUGGACAUGCUGAACAGUCAGGGAAAGUGGUGGAAGGAAUGCAGGUCCUGGAGUGGAAUGGAAUUGCCCUGACCGGCAAGACCUAUGAGGAGGUGCAAACCAUCGUGGGUCCACAGAGUGGGGAGACUGAAUUAUGUGUGCGACUGGACCUGAAUAUGCUCGCUGACUCUGAGCAUCCACAACACCUGGAGCUCCACACACAGAUGAAGGCUGGGGACAGGCAGCGCUCCCCCGGCGUGGACCCCAAGCAGCUGGCUGCAGAGCUGCAGAAGGUGUCCCAACAGCAGGCCCCCGGUACUGUGCUGGCCGCCCACAUCCACUCUGGCACCGCCUCAGCCACGUCCAGUGCUGUGCCCAGCCCAGGCCAACCUGGCUCCCCCUCCGUCAACAAAAAACGGCACGGCAGCAAGUCCACAGAAGCUCUGAAGCCUCAGCCUCACCCUAUCACUGGUGAAAUCCAGCUUCAAAUCAAUUAUGACAAAAAUAUGGGUAAUCUAAUCGUCCAUGUCCUGCAAGCGAGAAACCUUGCUCCCAGGGACAACAACGGCUAUUCAGACCCCUUCGUUAAAGUCUACCUCCUUCCAGGGAGAGGCCAAGUCAUGGUUGUCCAGAAUGCAAGUGCUGAGAACAAGCGCAGAACCAAAAGUGUCCAGAAGAGCCAGAAUCCGGAGUGGAACCAAACUGUCAUAUACAAGAACAUCCAUCUGGAACAGCUUAAAAGGAAAACCCUGGAAGUGACGGUUUGGGAUUACGACAGAUAUUCCUCAAAUGACUUCCUUGGAGAAGUGCUGAUUGACCUCUCCAACACAGCUCAGCUGGACAACACACCUCGCUGGCUCCCCCUAAAGGAGCAAAGCGAGAGCAUCCAACACGGCAGAGCCCAUCCCCCACAGGGCCCCGGCGGGCCAGGCGGACAGGGAGGACCGGGGUCUGGGGGUCAAGGUGGGCCAGGUGGAUCUGGAGGUCCCGGAGGCACCGGUGGACCGGGCAGCCAGCAGUCCCCUAAAACCUCAGUCAUCAAGAGUCGGAGUCAUGGCAUCUUCCCUGACCCAGCUAAAGAUUCACAGAUGCCCACUAUGGAGAAAUCUCACAGCAGCCCCGGCAGCUCCAAGUCCUCCUCGGAGGGGCACCUGCGUUCCCAUGGACCCUCGCGCAGCCAGAGCAAGAGCAGCGUCACACAGGCACACCUCGAGGAGGCGGGGAACGCUAUCGCUGCUGCCGAGGCUGCCGUGCAGCAAGCGCGCCUCCAACCAAACAGGACAAAUCACAGAAUAACAGAAAACUCUACUAUGCCUGGUCUGAGCGAUGAUUACAGGCUGGAUGCAGAAGAUGGCACAGGAACCAAUGCAGUGGACAGUGCCAUCUUUCAGGUCCCACAGCUGAAGAACAUCCCAAAUGGCAUAGAUAAGAACGGAACUGACACUUUGACAUCAGAGGGUAAAACUCAGGUAAUGGGGGAGAUCAGAGUAGCUCUGAAGAAGGAGAUGAAGACUGAGGGAGAACAGCUGGUGCUGGAGAUCCUUCAGUGCAGGAACAUCACAUACAAGUUCAAGUCACCUGAUCAUCUACCAGACCUGUAUGUAAAACUGUAUGUAGUGAAUGUGGCUACACAGAAGCGCAUCAUUAAGAAGAAGACCCGAGUGUGUCGGCACGACCGGGAGCCCUCCUUCAACGAAACAUUUCGCUUCAGCCUCAACCCUGCUGGCCACUCCAUCCAGCUUUUCCUUGUGUCCAACGGUGGGAAGUUCAUGAAGAAGACUCUUAUUGGUGAGGCCUACAUCUGGCUGGACAAGGUGGACAUGCGCAAGCGGGCUGUCAGCUGGCACAAACUGCUGGUCAGCUCCCAGACGCAGCCGUGAUGGCGCAGCGCAGCGCAGCGCAACCCCCCCCCCCCCCCCCCACCAGAGCUGGUCAGGGAAACCCUAGGAACACAGUGAGGGAGUAGGAUAAAAGAGGGAGGAAGUAGGAUGAAAGAGGACACAGCAGAGGAGGUGGAAGAGGGGGAGGAAGAGGAAGAGGGGGGCCUGUGAAAAAAAGAUGACAGGGCCGAGGUACUGCUGUCUACUGUCUGUCUGCUGGAACAUAAAAGAACGAGGUAGAAGGAGGUGAAUGGUAAUGACAUCAUAAAGGGGGGAGAUAGACAAAUGAAUGAGAGAGAGAAAAGACAGGCGCUGAGGAGAAAGAGAUGGGACAGUAUAUGAGAGGCAUGAUUUCUGAAAGAGUGACUAAAGGCCCCACUUUCUCCCUGUCUGUGUAUUUUUAUAAGAUGUACAUGUCAAAAAUAUAUGUCUGCAAAGAACAUAGAUAGAUAUAAACACAUAGAAGAGAAAUGAAGAGGAAGACUUUCAAACGCUAGUAUAUCAUGAGAUCAAAAUUAAGAGUAUUUUUAACUGAAAGUAGAUCUAUGUGAUUCACCUUACACAUACACAUCUAUAUUUGAUAUGUUUAGAAUAUCUCUAUAGUACAACAGAUACUAUAAAGGAAAUUGAGACAAUCUGCAAACUCUAAUAUAAGAAGAUAGCUGCCUUAGCAGUGGCUUGUGGAAAAGAGAUUUGCGCCACAGAUAGUUCUGGUUCCAUUUUAAGAUGCAUGUCAGGAGAGACUUCAGAUGAUCACUUCUGUCAUUGUUUUAACGUAGAUGAGGUGUGUGUAGAGUCAUUAUCCCUUUGGACUGAUGCUCAUCCCCAAACCUAAAUGAAGAGAACGGGAUGUCAAAAUGGUGAAAGAGUGACGGUUGCACAGGUCACCGGCACAUGUGUACCACCACGCAGAGCAAGUAGCACUGGAGCUUGUGUAAAUGUUCUGUCGUCAUUCCAUCGUCAUAUCACUGGAAAUUAACUGUGCAAUGGUCAAUGUCCUUUUGUUUUUGUUGCUGGAAUGAUCAGUUCCAUGGUACAAUUGUUCAUUGAUGAUCUUUGUUUAUUUUUAAGGGGGAAAGGGGGUUAAUGUUAUGUCCCGUAACUGUUGAAAUGUUGUUACUGGCUGUCCUUGUUUUAUGUCUAAGUUGUAUGUGGCAAAGAAUUAUGCAAAAUAGUAUAUAAAAAAAAUCAAAUGAAAAUUUUUUGUCGAAAAAAAAUCUCACCAAACACUAUGUGUGGUGUGGUGUUCCUCCCGUCUCAUGAGAUUGGACUGUGCUGUCACUGUUGCUCUUUUUGAUCUUUCUGUUGUCCAUCUCUCUUGUCACGGUUUUUGUGUCAUUGGUUGCACGCUUUGUAUGAGAUGUUCCUUCCCAUUGGUGUGUGCAGCGCUGUACCGAAGGUCUCACAGUGACUUUGAAGUGACGUUGUUCCAGUGCUUAGGCAUGCCAGGUUGCUGAAGCUGCCUGUUGACCCCUGAGGCAGUUUGGCAUGGCGACCAUGCUGUUCUUGUGUUGUGUGACUGAUGUAACAUCAGGAAAAACAAAAAGCGAGACUCGAGAGACAGAAGAUGACGAAGUCAAAGGCCAACACUUGUUGAGUCAGGCUUUUCAGUGACGUUGAGAUGACAGUCUAUUCUGACAGAGGAUGAUUUUGAUGUUUUAAAUCAGUUGUAAAAGAAAUAUAAUGUAGGUUCCACAGUGAAUGGUGGAUUUGUGCCAACCUACUUUCAUUUAUAAACCCAUUGAUUUUGUUGGGGUAAUUCUAUGCAACAUAGAUUAUGUGUUUGAAUGCAUUUUCUUAAUAUGUGGAAUCAGUGAACAUUUUGUCUGAAAAUAUGUCUUUAAAAAUAAAAAAGUUCAAUAAUUUCCUUUGUAUAAUACAGAGAAAAAUGAUUAUAUAUAAUGUAUUUUCUUUUUUACAUUCCUAAAUAUUUUUCAGUUAUUGUAUACAUUAAUCUUACGCACUUUAGUUUAACAUUACUGAUCCCAUUUAUGUAUUUACGUUAGAUUUGUUCAAAUCUAUAUGAUGUCAGCUACGGAAUCAGUGAUGUAUGGUGGCUAAAAAUGUACAUUUUUAUGUUUCUGCAACUUAAAGUGUACAAGCAAAGAACAGAAAUGAUCCAAGGAAUUUCACACCUGUUGUCAUAUGUAUGCUGUCCCCUUUGGCUGCUAAACAUGACAUUUCUUUGAUGGUUUGAGGUCCAUUUUAAAUCAUGUAUAUGUUGAAGUCAGCUGACAUAAAAAAUGGAAUUCUAUAUGAUAUUCAAUGUUCACUACAUGUUUCUGUUCUGUUUCUAUGGGGAUCCUGUCCUUAUGGAAUUUGUUACAUUAUUUUGCAGUGAACAGCGCGAAUGUGGCUAAUUUAUUUUUGUAAAUAGAUAGCAUAUUUUGUAUGAGAAAAAGAAGAUAUUUAAAUAUUUAUUUGGUCUGAUGUUGAGCAUGUGUGUAUGUGUGUGUGGAUGUGUGUGUGUGUCACCAAGGUGAAAAUCUUUUCCACUGUAUAUAUGUUUCUUGUGCGUUCACGGUCAGUGGACAGGUGGUUCAAUUGUUUGACUGACUUGUGUGUGCUGUCAAUUCAUCCAAAUUCACAUCGCAAUUCUAAAAUUUCUCAGUGAAUCAAGGCAGAAAAAAAAAAAAAACAAUUCUUUUCAACUUGAGCAGUUGUGAAAGAAUUUAUGUGUUUUUAUGUGGUUGUUGCAUGGUUCGUUAGUUGUCUAUUAAUUAUUUUGCCUCCAGAUUCUAUUUGAAAAGACAAAGAAAGAGCCUGUAUAAAUUUAACUGAAGAUGUAUGCUGACUGUAAAAAAAGAAAAUGCUUGUAAAAUGAGUCUUGUUUUUCACUCAAUGUAAAAAGUCAAAUCAAAUGUUCUGGUUUUGUGGUUGUCCACAGGAUGUAAUGACAUUAUGCAAACUGUGCUGUAUAAGAGAAAAAAAGUACAAAAUGACUGUUUCCCUGAGUACAUAAUAAAUAUUAAAAGAGAUUCUAUUCCACAAUUCAAACUGA